ACAUCACCCAUUCAUUUGAUCAACAUAAUGACUCCGGAGAUGUCUUGACUUAAAGUCCACACAGCUCUAGUGUAUAUCGGGGAGAUCUGGGUUGCAUCUUCUGAAGAAAGACGCAUUUUUGUUACUCGUCUAAACCUUAAGGGGAGUUUUUAGCUUUUGGUCAGCGAGUGGUUCCUGGAAAACAUCUGAAUCGUUUUAUAACCAAACACAGCUGCCGUGCCAGUGUAUGUGUGUGUGCGUGACAGUGUGUAUGCGUGUGUUCAUCCGUAUGUGGAAGAGGGAGAGAGAGUGAGGGUAUCUUUUUGCUUCCCUUUCCAAAACGGAAAGAAAGAAAAAAGUUUGGAAGUAUUUUUCUCCCAGUAACUUUUUUUAGGCAUGAACGCCGAGACGUGCGUCUCAUACUGCGAUAUGACAUCCAUGGAUUCAUAUUAUAGCCCCUCUGCACCGCAAGGUAGGGAUCAUCAGACGAACCCGUUUAGGACAUUCCAAGUAAGUGACAACAAAUACAGCCCCACUUUCCUGCCAAACAAAGGUCAGGCUUACGGAGAAAAGUCUCGGAGCCCAUUCCAACAGGAGUGUCAGUCAUUGGAUGUCACCACUGGGGAAGGCACCUUUAACAAAUACCACCUCUUCAUGCAGAGGUCUUCUUGCAAAACCCCCCCCGAAGGAGGCAAACUGCACCAAGAAAGCGGACACAACGGAGCGCUCAUUCCCUGCUAUGGUAAAGACAGCUCAGGACUGACAGACUCUGACCUGACCCCGAACUCUGACCCCUCUGGGAUGGACGGCAGCUACCUGAGUGUGAAGGAUCAAGACGUGAAGGGCCCCUCGGACCGACCAGGCUCGGACAUGGCCGGCCCCAUGGACAAGGGCGAAGGUGAGAGCAACAAGGGCAAGAAGAGGCGUAACCGCACCACCUUCACCAGCUACCAACUGGAGGAGCUGGAGAAGGUCUUCCAGAAGACCCACUACCCAGAUGUGUACGCCCGCGAGCAGCUGGCCCUCCGGACUGACCUGACUGAGGCCCGGGUACAGGUGUGGUUCCAGAAUCGCCGAGCCAAAUGGAGGAAGAGGGAGCGCUUUGGUCAGAUGCAGCAGGUCAGGACACACUUCUCCACGGCAUACGAGCUGCCUCUUCUAGCCAGACCUGAGAACUAUGCACAGAUACAGAACCCAUCAUGGAUUGGUGGCGGCAGUGGAGCGUCUCCUGUACCAGGCUGUGUAGUGCCCUGUGACUCAGUCACAUCCUGUAUGACCCCUCACCCUCACUCCGGCAGCGGCGUAUCUGACUUCCUGGGCGUCCCGAACCCUGGGGGUCACAUGGGACAGACACACAUGGGCAGCCUGUUUGGGGGUCCUGGCAUGGGGUCAGGGAUCAACGGGUACGAUCUGAACAGCAUGGACCCAGACCGCAAGUCCUCCAGCAUCGCCGCCUUGCGUAUGAAGGCCAAGGAGCACAGUGCAGCCAUCUCCUGGGCAACAUGAUGCCUCAACAGCAGCAGGACAGGGGCCUCUGGGAACCCCAUCACGUCCAAACCAAGCCAAAGCAGAGAGGGGGGCCAGUCUGUGCUACUAUAACAGAAAUAUUGAUAAUCUAAAAUAAUGAUGAUGAUAAAAGCCAUAGCAAAUUGCUGAAGAGGAGAGAAAAGAGACAAACAAAUCUGGACAGUGAACUUCUUUACUUUGUGUCUCUGAUGGGAGAGACCAGUGGACAUCAGAGAUGAACAACAGUCAGUCAGGUAGUCAAAGCUUGAGGUAAGAAGCAGGAAAUGAAGAAUCAGACCUAUCCUUGAAGAGACAAAUUAAUUGGUUGCUUGUUGGAAACAAUGUGCUGGUUAUACAGUAGCUAUAAACUAUAACACAACAAAAAUAACAAAAAAAGCUGAAUAGAUUUGAACCAAUCCCGGCACUUAUUCAGUUAAUACAGGUAAUGCUGUUUGUACAGAUAUUGAGAUGCGUCUGCUAACACACCUGCUAGUGAGAGUCAACAUAGCUUUUUCUGUUCAGGUGUUAUUAUACUUUCUUGUUUUCCGGUAUUUAAAUGUUAAGUGUGUAUUUUUAAUUCAUUUUGAUCCUGGUUUUGUCACAGAAUCCCUUGUCCCUUUCUGUCAGACUGUGUGCGAAUGCAACUAACCACAUAAACUGCAAACUGAUAUUCACAUAUUUACAUACAUUCGGCCUGAUUUGGGUCUGUGUUUACAUUUGGGUUUCCUAAGGUCAUUUUGGUCAGAUUCACUUCAAGGAGAGGGGUGUAGGUAACGGUCAAGCCCAAAGCUGAUCCAUCUCUGUCAGACUAACUGAAAGAAUGCUGAUAAAAUCAGUCAUAUUCUUCAGUUUGGGAAAGAGGUAAACCAUUUCAAAAGUAGCUUACUCUUUCAGGUAUGCAUGGUCAGCACUAGCAUACUUUAGGUUGGUGCUACCUUCCAACAUUUAAAUGUCAGAUAUCAAUCCAGGUUUGUUUAAGUGCGGGCAGACAGAGAGCUCUACUUGCACCGCUGAUGUACCGUCACUGAGCCAGAGAUGGACAGGGAUGAGGAAGUAUGAGAGAGUAUGAGUAUGUGUGUGAGUAUGAGAGAGAGGCACAGCAGGCCUGCUGGGGCCUACAGGUCUGAGAGCACCAGACAGGCUCAGCUCUGUUUGCAGGAGGAGAUUCAAAGUGGACAUGCCAUUUCCUCCCUUGGCAUUUCCUCACCUCACAUUUCCACCUAGGGAGUUACAGGAAAAGUGCCCUCCAGUCCCAUUGCCAGAGAUAACACCCAGCGGCAGCCUUGAACAGCAGAGAGGCAGUGUAGAUUAUACAGAUUAUGCAGUUUUUGUAGAUUAUACAGUUAUUGAGGGGGAUAAUAAAAUGCUGACUAACGCCAUCAAUGUUGACCACUGUCUCUUUUCAUGCAAAGCCCCCCCAGGCAACAACCGGAUCCCCUGUCCCUGCACCUCAGUGUGGACAUGGAACAAUGCGGGGGGCAAACUGGCAUCCGUGCUUUCGAUGGCUCCAUGUCACGAUUUGCGGAGGUGACAGAAAUACUAGACGUGUUCCAUCAUCUUAUGCAUUAUGGGCUUUCUGUUUGCCCAAGGUUCCCAUUUGGAUCAAGUCAAAACAAAAGGUCUCAUAGAUUUGAAGCCAAACAUGAUACCCCAUGCACCUUGAGCAGAGAAUCCAUCUCUAAUUCCCUAACACAAGCCUCAUUAUUUCCCCUUUCACUUGGUAGCUCUGCUAGGAUAUAGUGUUAUGUACGAUCCAGGAUGAACUGUCAGUAUCUACACUAGGUAGCUCUGCUAGGAUAUAGUGUUAUGUACGAUCCAGGAUGAACUGUCAGCAUCUACACUAGGUAGCUCUGCUAGGAUAUAGUGUUAUGUACGAUCCAGGAUGAACUGUCAGUAUCUACACUUGGUAGCUCUGCUAGGAUAUAGUGUUAUGUACGAUCCAGGAUGAACUGUCAGCAUCUACACUAGGUAGCUCUGCUAGGAUAUAGUGUUAUGUACGAUCCAGGAUGAACUGUCAGCAUCUACACUAGGUAGCUCUGCUAGGAUAUAGUGUUAUGUACGAUCCAGGAUGAACUGUCAGCAUCUACACUAGGUAGCUCUGCUAGGAUAUAGUGUUAUGUACGAUCCAGGAUGAACUGUCAGCAUCUACACUAGGUAGCUCUGCUAGGAUAUAGUGUUAUGUACGAUCCAGGAUGAACUGUCAGCAUCUACACUAGGUAGCUCUGCUAGGAUAUAGUGUUAUGUACGAUCCGGGAUGAACUGUCAGCAUCUACACGAGGUAGCUCUGCUAGGAUAUAGUGGUAUGUACGAUCCAGGAUGAACUGUCAGCAUCUACACGAGGUAGCUCUGCCAGGAUAUAGUGUUAUGUAUGAUCCAGGAUGAACUGUCAACAUCUACAAACAGUGGAUCAGAAACCCUUUCAAAAUGACAACUCAGAUUGGAUCCAGUUUUACAUGGCAGUUCAAGUCUAAUGCAUGAACAUACUGCUGACAACAUGGCUUGUCUCUCAGUGGUUGGAGGUGCUCCUCUGAGAUCUGGAGAUGGGGCCCCUGUGCUCAUAGGCCGCUCUAAGGGGUUGCUGGGAGGGCGAACGGGCCACGGCGUUCCGGUGUUCUAGGAAAAGGACAGUGCACACAGCUGUGCUCAGGGGAUAAAUGCAAAACAAACAUGCCUCGCACAUGCUUCCCCUCAGCUGUCAUGGCUCCAUUUUCAAAGAAGCCCCCACACUGCACUAGGGCUCUCCCUCUCGCUCCUCUGGCCGAAUGCCUGCCCCUCCGGCACUACGGCCAUACACAGCCAGGCUGUAGCCUUUUUAAUUAACACUGGGACAUCUGUGGACAGGGAUUCUUUCUGGGAUUGUGUGACAGAACAGACAGAGCCACCAGUGGCCCUGUGCUUCAGGUUGGCCUAUAGCUGUCUCUGACUAGGGCUUGUAGGGUUUAUAGUGCUGGGUUGGGUGCUUCUCAGAGCUCAAACACACAUGAAGCUCAGGUCGACACAGUUGAUUUGUUUACCGUUUUCGUCAUGUUUUUGGAAACAUUUUAAUUUCUUUAUUUAUAGACAUGUUCUGUUAUCUGCAGUUCUCUAUUGAUUGAAAAGGACAAAACCGAAAGCUCAGUGUUAAAGACUGCAGAAACGUACAAGCCCAUAUGAAGCCUUCUUGGAUGAAUCACAGGUUAUUAUGUAAAUUUUCACUUUUUCAUCGACCCUAAUCGAGGCACAGCUUGCCUUAGGGCCUUAACUGAUCAGAUAUGCAGAAUUUAAGUCGUUGCGAAACAGCUUGUAUAUCAGCUCAUCCUGUUGUAGCCUGCAGGGGUCCCAGUCUGUGCCUCGGUGAUGUCACCUUUCACACGACCCCUAUCAUUUUUAAUACUACUGAAGCAGGGCAAUAAAAAUAAGUAAAUACUUAUAAUAUAAAACUGUGUGUUGUGUGUGCAUGUAAAAACAUUUUUGUAUGUAAAUUGGACUGAUUUACAGUAAUUUACAAAGACCCUUGAAAUGUUACUAAUUUGAUGCAAAGUUUUGCAUUAUCUUUGUGAGAUACUUGUGGGUUGGUUUUUGAGUGAUCCUUCUGAAGGGGGUGGGUGUUCUUGGUUUGUUGAGUUUCCAAGUAUUUUGAAAGGUUUUUGUGGCUUUAAGCUAUAUUGUACGGCUUUUUAAUAAUGAUGGUAUACUUUUACUUGUGUUCAUGUUCUCAUAUAUAUUUUGUGUGAGUUACUAUAGUACAGUAAGUUAUUGCACUUACAUAAUAUUUUAGAAAAUUGUUUUACAAGCAUUGAGAGCAUAACGGUUGUGCAUCACAUACUUAUUUUUUAAAACAGCAAUUUUUAUGGAUAAUUGAAGUGCAGCUUCAAUUGUCACGAAUGAUUUCAUAUAGUUCCCGCCAAUUCUUUAAAGGUCCAGUGCAAGUCCAAAACGUGAUUUCCCUGGUUUUACAUAGAUUUCCUGAUGAGGUUGGAAUAAUACUGUAAAGUAGUGAAAAUGAUAAUUGCCUUUUAAUGUUAAUGUCAGUUUGAAAAGACCGCCUGAAAUUUCAGCCUGUUUUGGUGGGAUGGAGUUUUGGCCUGCCUGGUAUAAAAUGAGUUAGACCAUUAAGAAAGAGAGCUCCAGCCCGCUCUGCCAAUUUGAGCUGAUGUUUAGUUCUCUCCAUUCAGACCACUCCCAGACAGUCUGGCAAAAUUCUUGCUUGAGAAAGUGCUCUUUGCUAAGAAGUUGUUUCUUUUUGACCAUUUAUAUUGAAAUCAUAUUAAGAAACUUCAUUGUUACCCCGAAAUUAUUUUACAUUGCGAUUAAAGAGGUUGCAUUGGACCUUUAAACAAACAAUAAAACACAUUUAGUCAAGGA